AUCUGAGGUGUUCACAUUGUACACUAACAUUUGCUGCGAUCCGUUUUGUUCGUUGCCCGUUACUCUGUGUUUUGCGUUCACUGUGUGAAUGCUGCACGGGGGAAGUUGAAUGCUUCACACACACAACGUAUCCUACAUACAAUAAAAACAAAAACAAACUCUCACACACGUUCACGAACCAUUAAUUCCAUUGCAUGGAAAAAGGAGGCAAUUUAUUGCUUUGUUAUUUCGCGUUGACCACGAAAUCCUUAGCAAAAACAUCCGUUUCAUUGACGAUUUGCCCGUAUUCAAAUUGUGAAUUAACAGUGAAAACGUUUAAAUUGAGAAACAAACAAACAUAAUUUAUUGAAGCCCAGCAUUCAAGCACACCAUAUUCAUUGAAAGCAGCAUUCAAAAACGUGCGAUCCAAAACAAAACACAAAUCUGACGAAAUCAACAAGCUACUUUAUUAGUGUGAAUAAUCAAAUGCAUAAAAUACGACAUAAAUAAAUAAUAUUGAAAAAUAACGUCGAAAGUUAUAAAGCAGAAGAAGGCAGUAGCGCCAGCUCAGCUCAUUCAUCUGAACGCAGUUUUUUUUUAUUAUUGUUGUUGUUGUUUUGUCAAAGAGAAAUAGGAAAGAAGCACGAACAGCAGAUCAAGUGAAGAAAAGAAUAUAAUAAAAAAAUAACAAACAAACAACAUUUGCGCGAUAUAUAAAAUAUAAACGUAUCAAAGGAGUUGAAUAAUCUUAAUUCCGUGCACAUUUGGUAAAUGUGCGUGUAUGUGUUAACGGUGUUUUAGCCAAUACAGCGUUAAAUUUACUGGAGACGAUGCCGAUAGUCAAGUAAAUCGGUGUAAAGACGCACGACAUCAAUACAGCACAAAACACAAUAGCACACCAUUUGUUACAUGUUGUCAUUCAUCAAAAAUUCCAAGUUCAACCGCACAGUAAAGCACAUAAAUCAAGACAUCAUCCCCAUUGAAUUUGAUACAGCUACAGCAUCGUUCUUAGCAUACUAUAUGUGCCCGUUCUAUUCCAUUGCAUCGAUGUGCUCUGUGUAAAAACAUGAAGGAUAAUCGGCUGAAAAUUGCAAUCAAAACCAUUUGAACAGCAACAGUUUUCACAGACGAAAAACAACAACAAAAACGUUACAAAAUAGAAAAAAAAAACCGAACAGAAGUGUUAACUGCGCGUAUACACACUAUUGAGUUUUGGAGCAGUUGUUAAAUGGCAUUGUUCUCGAGCGACGCGAUAACAAUCAUCCAUAAAUUGUUGGCAAAAAUUGCUAGAACUAAAAAAAAAUAUAUAUAUCAGCCACUUAAUCUGUUUCCGUCGGUCGAUUUGAUAAACGUAAAGUGAGAGUGAGAAAGAGAGUGUGAGAGGACCCCAUGCACGUCAAACAAACACACUGUGUGAGACUUGGCAAACACCCCGACAUCAAUAUAUAUACAAAACUAUAAUUAAAGAAAUAAAAUAAAUGAAAGAAAGAAACUAGACCAAUUUCGCUAUUCGCUAAAACCCGACAAAUAACUACUAAUAAAGCAAUAAUAUUUAAUAUAAUGUGAAUUGUUUGCACUUAAACACAUCGCGCAGUGCAUGAGAUUUAUGAUUUUAUAUACAGAUCGAUUUGUGUACAAUAAAUUUUAGCCGCAAACCAUUUAGAUAUUGGUUGAGUAAAAUAAUAUUCCGAUAAUUAAUAUCGUUUCCCAUUUACUGAUAUACAUCAUAUAUUCGUAUAUACAUAGAAAAAUACACACAUGUGAGAGACAUUGGAGACGCGCGCGCGCUACAUCGUAUCGAUAUUAUGAUCGGGUCUAUCAAGGAAUUGAUAUUGAUAUUAAAAAUGAGUUUAUAUGAAGCAAAGGAGAACACAUGCAACCAAAAUUAUUGACUGUAUUGUGUAAAUUAAAGUGAAUUACAUACGAGAUUCUGAAUCAUUACGCAAAUUUUUUUUUCAUCGAAAGUCGAGUCAGCAAUUCGUUUUGUUGAUAAAAAAAACUUCACUGUUUAAAUAAACGAAGUAAUAUUUUUUUUUUAAAGAAAUUCUUUAUCGUUGCAAACGUGUGAUGAACAAAAGUCUUUCAAUUGAAGAUUUUUAAUUUAAAAAAAAAAAACUAAAUAAAUAAACAAACAUUGAAAUAAAAGGAAAUUUAGCAAACAGUUUGUUGCCAAGAGCAAAAACGAGUAAAAUAAACGGAAAAGUUAAAGAAGCCAUCGAAAAAAGUCAAUCACACACACACACCGCACACAGGUACGUUGAGUGAUUGAAUGAGACAACGUAUAUGAAAAAGCUGCUGCUGCUGCUGCAUCUCAUUUCGAGCCCCAAAAUAUUUGAACCAGCACACAGGCGACAUUACGAUUAUUUAUCAUGGCAAUGGAAUGGAUCACAGCCAUCGAUAAAAGACCGUGUGAUCGAAAUUUACGUGAUGCCGAACUCAUAUCCUGUCGUUUACGACGUGUUGAACCACUAUGCCGUUUGCCUGGCUCAGCGCUACAGCAAUUGGCCAUGUGUGGCUUCUACGAAGAUUUAGAGAAAGGAAUCACCUUAUUUCGAGCCGGCGAACAAGGUCGUUUUUGGUAUGCGGUACUCGGUGGAUCGUUGGAAGUUCGUUAUCAUGCACCUGACACAGAAAAUAAGAGCCCUGUAACACUGUGCAAUUUAGGUGUUGGAGCUACAUUUGGUGAAUCAAUCCUGCAUGAUCUGCCGCGCGAUAGCACAGUUGUGACAAAAACGACCUGCGAACUAUUACGUGUUGAAACGAAAGAUUUCCGUUUAAUAUGGGAGAAAAAUAAAGAAUUAAUGAACGACAUUAUCACCAAUUGCAAACUCAAAAAUGGUUUUGGACGUGGUAUCACACCGGCCGCACAGACGUCACCUGUUCGUCGCGCAAACAGUCCAGAUCAUCCAAAUCCGGCAUUAGCAAUCACGGAGAUUCCAAGCCCGGCUAUAGCACGAAUUGGAUGGGCACUACGUGUUCUAUUACUAUCUGAUAGCUCCAGCUGUCUCAAAGAUCGAAAGGUUUCAGGCAAAUUGAUUCGAAAAUGUGCUUUGGGCACCGAACUUGUCGACUGGCUGAUGAAUUUAUCGGUAAUCGUGCAUACAAGAACACAGGCAGCUGGCAUGUGGCAAGCUAUUCUCGAGGAAGGUGUUUUAAGUCACGUGAACAAAGAGCAACCGUUUAAAGAUAAAUGUUUCUUAUAUCGAUUCAAAGUGGAUGAGGAUGGUACUGGUGGACAACCAACAUCAGACGAACAAAAUGCGGCAAACGAACAUGUACGAGAAGCGUUGGGCACUCUUUUACAUCGUGGUUCUGAUGCUACGCUACGAAUGAUUUUACGAAAAACAUCGCAUGAGCGCACGCAAGAGGAACUCGAAUUGGUAUUUGAAGAGCUACUUCAUAUUGCAGCCUUAUCACAUCUAUCAACAUCAAUAAAACGGGAAUUGGCAUCAAUUAUUGUGUUUGAGGCACAUGCUUAUGCGGGCACCAUUUUAUUUAAUCAGGGCGACGAAGGACGUUCAUGGUACAUUAUACUAAAAGGAUCAGUUGAUGUGGUAAUUCAUGGCAAAGGAACGGUCGCUACACUAAAAGAAGGCGAUGAUUUUGGAAAAUUGGCACUCAUCAACGAUGCUCCAAGAGCUGCCACAAUAGUACUAAAAGAAAAUAAUUGUCAUCUUGUGCGCGUCGAUAAGGAGCAUUUCAACCGAAUAUUGCGUGAUGUCGAGGCGAAUACAUUACGCUUACAGGAGCAUGGAAAAGAUGUUUUGGUUUUGGAACGUGUUGCCAAACAACGAGGUUUUUCCUCAGCAUUUAAGUAUACUGUGAUGAGCGGUACACCACAAAAAAUGCUAGAACAUUUACUUGAGACUCGCUUAGGAGGACAAGUGGGACCAAACGAUCCAUUCUUGGACGAUUUCUUACUUACGCACAUUGUUUUCAUGCCAGUGCCAAUCCUAAUCAACGAAUUAGCACAUUUAUUUCACAAUGGAGGUAACGAAGAAAAUGAUUCAUCAGCAACAGCCGAAGAUACCGAGUAUGCAUUGACGAUGCGAAAACGUGUAAUACAAUUUGUCCAGAAGUGGGUGAUUGCCGUUAGGCAAGCCGUCUUCGAAGAGCCAAUAACUGUUGCUUUUAUCGAGGAAUUGGCAAGCAUAGUUGAUGCUGAUCCUGAUUUGCAAGAAGAAGCUGGUAUCAUGCAUCACGUAUUAACUCAACUAUUAAGAUAUCAGGAAGAACGUCAAGCACAAACUGGACAAAAAUGGAAAUUACCUCCAAAUGGUCAGCCAAUUUGUUCGUUUUCUGGUAGUGAAAAGCAAAGUCGAACGCCGAUUCGGCCUGAAGAUGACAUUAUCUUCCGAGUAUAUUGUGCGGACCACACAUAUUGUACAUUGAGAUUUCCGAUAAAUGCGACGACUGAAAUGAUAAAAGCGAGCGCUGCCGACAAAUUGCAAUUGAAUCGUGCAAAUGAAGAUUUGGUGUUAGCCGAGGUUAAAUCGAAUGGUGAACGUACCAUUUUUAAGGAUCAUGACGUGUCAAUACCGACCGCAUUGUAUUUGAAUGCUAGAAUUUUCGUUUCAUCCAAAGAUCAUAUCGAUGCGCUGACACCGUUGCCCGAGCAAGAAGAGAUCACCGAGGGCAUUCCACUGGAAUUGGAGCAAUUGGGUACCAAAGAAUUAGCAUUUCAUAUUACGCAAUUCGACUGGGAUUUGUUCUGGUCAGUACAUGAAUACGAAUUGCUCUAUCAUACAUUUGGCAGACAUCAUUUCGGCAAGAUUACGGCCAAUUUGGAUGUAUUCAUCAGACGCUUUAACGAAAUACAAUAUUGGGUUGUCACAGAAAUCGCAUCACAAUCGAGCAUUACAAAACGUGUAUUACUGAUAAGGAAAUUCAUUAAAUUGGCCGCAUAUUGUAAGGAGUAUCAGAAUCUGAAUGCAUUUUUUGCGGUUGUGAUGGGUUUAUCAAAUAAUGCUUGCUCAAGGCUGACACAAAGCUGGGAUAAAGUACCGUCAAAAUUUAAAAAAUUGUUCAUGGAAUUCGAGGCGCUCAUUGAUCCAAGUCGAAACCAUCGAGCUUACAGGAGUUUCGUUGGAAAAUUGCAACCGCCUGUUAUACCAUUUAUGCCAUUGCUGUUAAAGGAUAUGACUUUUGCGCACGAGGGCAACAAAACCAGUUUGGAUGGUUUAGUCAAUUUCGAAAAGAUGCACAUGAUGGCACAAACUAUGCGAACAAUUCGCUUUUGUCGAUCAAGACAUUUGGUAUUGGAUCCACCGUCGCCAAAAAGUGAAGGUGAUAUUCGUGCGUAUGUUGGCUGUUUUCGUGUGAUUGAAAACCAAAGACAAUUGACAAUAAUGUCACAGAAAAUUGAGCCGGGCCGAAGGCAAUGAAGUGAUUAAAAGUAAAAGUCUCAUUUGUCUGUGCACAAAUACCACAUCAAUGGUAAUUGUGCUCAUUGUCUGAACCGAGCCCUGACAAUUUUUUUAUUUACAUUUUGCGGCAAACUAACCACACACAUACAUCAAUUGUGUUUGUGUGCUCUAUUUGGACCAGUUUAAAAGUGGUGUGAAUUCAUUUCUCAUUAUAAUUGACACUUUUACCAUUUAAAUUCUCGCUAUCAGAAUAGAUAUUUAAGUUAAUCACACAUGGAUUUGAGUUUAAAAUCUAAGGAUACAACAUAACAUAAAAAAAAUCACUUCAUCGAAUCCAUCCACUGAGAAUAAAUUCAACUAAAAGCGAAUUGCUACAUUAAAUUCUAGGUAAUUAUUAAAUACUUAUCAGAAAAAAUGUUUUAUAUAGCACGGUAUUGUUUUUUUCUUCCCCGAUUUUUGAAACACCUUUGAAAAUAAGUACAUAAAAUCAAACAACCACACCACAUUUCAAUGAACAAAAACAAUGACAAACCAAAAUACAACCAUAUUUUUAAUUGAUAUUCAAAACGCAAUAAAUUGCAAGUCUUAUGAAAGCAAAAAAAGUGAAACAGAAGAGUAUAUAUAUAUAAUUUAAUAUAUACAUUCAUACAUACAAGAAAAUCUUAUAUACAUAUUACCGUUGAUAGCAGGUUGACAAAGGAAUUCAUUGGAAAAAUAGUAUAUCCUAGUCUCUCUGCGUUAUUAAGUUAUAUCGUAUGAUGCAUAAAAUGUAUUUUAUCACUGCACAUAUAUGUGUCGAAUUGAUAUGCUGGUUGUAGCAUAAAAUACAAUGAAACGAA